AUGGAGUUACAGAUCGCUGUGGCCACCAUUCUCUUCCUGUUAUGUGUCUAUAUCUACAGCCGAAGACCUAAGAGGAAUCUUCCGCCUGGACCACCACCCGUGCCUUUGAUAGGGAACAUCCUUCAAUUACCCAAGGAAGAGGCAUGGUUCCAGUUCACCGAAUGGGGCAGAAUUUAUGGCGAUGUCAUUACACUGUUCAUCCUGAACAAACCUUUCCUCGUCUUGAACUCUGCUCAGUCUAUCAUCGACCUGUUCGAUAAUCGGUCCGCUAUAUAUUCAAGUCGUCCUCACCUCGUCAUGGCCGAUGAACUAAUGGGAUUCGGAGAUGCACUAGUCUUCGCGCCUUAUGGAGAGCGCUUCAAAAAUAUGCGUAAACUUCUCAAAGUCGGCUUAGGACCCACUGCUUCACGAGCAUUCUGGCCUUUAAUUGAGAAGGAAAUUGGACUAUCGCUCUCUCGUCUGCUGGAUAACCCAGAUGACUUUGCGCAGAACUUCCGUCAAACGGCCGGUGCAACAGCGUUGAAGACUGCUUAUGGCUUUCAGGAUGAAGAGGAGUUCAGGAUGUUGACGAAGGACACCGAGGAUAUGAUGUAUAUGUUUUCCUUGGCGGCACGUCCUGAUGCCUUCCUGGUCGACACCUUACCUUUUCUGAAAUAUGUACCAUCUUGGUUCCCUGGUGCAGGAUUCCAAAAACUUGCAUUAAAAUCAAAAGCGGCGAUUCGGCAAGUUGUCGAUUCGCCUUUUGAGUCUGUCAAACGCAAAAUGGCCUCUGGGACUGCUCCUCCGUCUUAUACCGCAACGUUACUUGGUGCAGGUCCCGAAGAACGCAUCGACGAUUUGGAUAUCAAGUGGACUGCUGCAGGAGUGUAUGCGGGUCAAGCUGAUACAACCGUGACGGCUCUUUCAAAUUUCUAUCUCUGCAUGAUAAUAUUUCCUGAGAUACAAGAAAAGGCUCAGGCCGAAGUUGACAGAGUAGUCGGUCCGAACCGCUUACCAUCUAUCAAGGAUAGAGAAUCACUGCCUUACGUUUGUGCCAUACUUAAGGAAGUGCUCCGGUGGAGGCCAGUUGCUCGCAUAGUGACUCAUUCUGUCAUCCAAGAUGAUACCUAUCGAGGAUAUUUCAUUCCGUCUGGAUCGGCAGUUGUAGCCAAUGUAUGGGCUGCAUGCCAUGAUGAAUCCGUCUACAAGGAUCCAGCCGAGUUCAGGCCGGAACGAUUCCUUCCUCCUGAAUCUGCUCCAGACAGUUCGAAAUUCGCCUUUGGAUUCGGGCGUCGCGCGUGUCCCGGAGAGGCAGUUGCUCAAGCAUCAUUGUUCUGCACAAUGGCAUGUACGUUUGCGACUUUGAAGCUCUCAAAGGCAAAGGAUGAGAACGGGAAUGUCAUUGAACCUGUCUUGCGCUGGACUUCUGGCGUAACAAGCUUUCCGCACCCGUUCAAAUGUGACAUCAAACCUCGCUCUGCCAAAGCGGUUGAGUUGAUUCGCAACCAUGCUGCUCGCAUUGGCACCGCGGGUUGA